AGCAGCCUGUGCAGGCUCACUCACAAUCAGGAGGAUGUGUGGUCUGGUCAGAAGACUUCCUGCCUUUAGUAAUGACUGAAACACCUGCACUUCUCUGCAAACCAUUCGCCCUUCUCCUCCCUUAGCUCCCUCCGGCCAGACUGCAUAGAGAUCACUGAAAUCGCUUCUUCUGCAAUGCUAGAGUGGACUGUCUCCCUAUUAGGAACAUUACUACUCCUGCUCUUCCUGACCUAUAAGAAGUGUUGCUGCAAUAGUUUCUGGACAGCUGUGCCUGCGAAGGCUGUGGAAGGUGGACAGGGGGAUUUCAAGUUGAUCUGCAAACCCUCCGCCCUUGCAAACUACCUGGUGAAGCAGUGCAAGACUUUCAGUGGUUUCUCUGACGUCCACUGGCUAUGGAGGACAUUCCCCUCCCUGCAGACCCUGGUGGGAACCCUGGGUCCUGUGGACAUUGGGGUUCAUUUUGUAAGGGAGUACUUACAGAUGAGUGAUGAGGGGUUGGUAGCUCUGGAUUGGGCUGUCAGACCCGGCCAGCUGCAGAAAAGGAGGCGAGCUUCGAGUAACUCUUCUGUGCCCAUAUUGUUGGUCAUCCCAAACUCCUUUGGCAAGAUCACUAGAAACACCAGCAAGAUGUGCCACUUGGCCCUCAUGCAUGGAUACCAGGCAGUUAUAUUUAAUCGUCGGUGUCAAAAUGGCUGUCCUCUAACCACAGUUAAGCUGCAGCCCUAUGGGGACCCUAACGAUCUGCGGGAAGCUAUUCGAUAUAUCCGUCAUUGUCAGCCCUCCUCCCGUCUGUUUGCAAUAGGAGAAGGAACUGGAACUGGGCUACUCCUGUCCUACCUCGGGGAGUGUGGCUCCUCCAGCUACAUCACCGCGGCUGGCUGUAUAUCUCCGCUCUUUCGCAUGCAGGACUGGUUUGAAACCGGCUGUCCAUGGCUGUGGCAAUCUGCUUUACUUUUGUAUCAGAAAAUACACCUCAGCAGAUAUGCAACGGCUUUGGGACAAAUCAUAAAUAUUGAAAAAAUUUGGGGAAGCAGGACUUUAAAGGGUCUAGAAGAAAUCAUAUUUUGCCAGAACGAGAUCUCCAGUAACUUGACGUGGGAAGCUUAUUGGGAGAGGAACGAUCCCCUCAGAGACGUUGAUGAAGUCGCUAUACCAGUCCUUUGUAUUUGUAGCAAAGAUGACCCUAUACGUGGAGACCCCAAUAAUACUUUACCAUUUGAGCUAUUUGAGACGAACCCCCAUUUCUUUUUGUUGCUCACCCACCAUGGUGGCCACUGUGGUUUUAUUAAAGAAGACAUGUCCAACACCAUGUGGAGUCAUAGUGCUCUUCUGGAUUUCUUUAAGUCUACUGUGGACUUCUUUCUAAUGGAAGAAAAAAUGAAAGGCCUGUCCAGGAGAAAAAGAAAAGUCUCCAUCUCAAUGAAGAGAACCGUACAAGACCGAACGUGCAGAAAUGAGCAAAGCUGUCCCCAUAAUAUUCAUGAAAUUUAUAAUUGGCAAAGAUCGUACACAAGGUGACAGGAAGUAAGAUAGUCUAUGGAUAUUGCUAGCUAAGUUCCAGUCAACCAGACCCAAUGUGACUCUGUUCCAGUAACUAAUGGCUAAUGUUGAAAGGACACCAGACAUUGACCAUUUUAAAGCAAUCAAAAAGGAAACUGAGACUCAGAGCCAGUGUUGUUUUUGAUGCAUAUCGCAAAAAGUGCAAUAUUUAUUGUAUAUAGAUACGUGGUUUGUCAUUAAUGUUUGAACAGUCAGAAUAUGUGCCAUUUAAUUUUAAUA